AUGUCCUUCCAUCUUUCUUCUCAGGAUCUCAGAAUCAGCCACGAGAAUGGCUCCACCUGGCUUAAUGCCCAGGUAAAAGAUAACCACGGGAAUCUGUGCCCGAGGCGGAUCAGGCUAGACGACCAUGUUGGCAACACAGACGGAUGGUUCAUCUGGGGCGGUCACAAUUUCACCGAGACCGCCAGAAACGUCCAGCUUGAGUUCACGGAGCGCGGCCCCAAGCUGACGGCCGACUUGGCCAUGAAAGAUGGAGGGUCGCGUGGUCUUCAAGGGCUUUUCCUGGCGGACAAAAUUAUGAAUGUCGACGGUCAUUUGAAAUUCAUGGGACCUUGA